AUGGGCAAAUCACGCGGUGACAAGUACCGUGAUGCCACGGACGGCAAGAAAGAUACAAAGAAAGACCUUAAUGAGCUCAAGCAAGAGCUUGCAAUGGACGAACAUCAGAUUUCCUUGGACGAACUCUACGCUCGUCUUGGAACCAAUCCUGAUACAGGUCUAACCAGUGAACAAGCAAAAACACGUUUAGAUCGUGAUGGACCCAAUGCGCUUACCCCUCCGAAGACAACUCCGGAGUGGGUUAAGUUUUGCAAGAACAUGUUUGGUGGCUUUUCACUUCUUUUAUGGAUUGGUGCCGUCCUCUGUUUUAUCGCUCAUGGUAUUCUUGCUGGUGUGCAGGAGAAUCCUACUAAUGAUAACUUGUACCUUGGUAUCGUCUUGGCCGCUGUCGUCGUUAUUACGGGCUGUUUCUCGUACUACCAAGAGUCUAAAUCGUCGAAGAUCAUGGAAUCGUUCGCUAAGCUGGUCCCUCAAUACGCCGUUGUAAUUCGUGGAGGUCAAAGAAUCGAUGCACCUGCCGAAGCUCUGGUUGUCGGUGACAUCAUUGAUGUUAAAUUCGGUGACCGUGUUCCCGCUGACAUUCGUGUCAUAAAAGCUAGCUCUUUUAAGGUGGACAACUCAGCGCUGACAGGAGAGUCGGAACCGCAGACUCGCACGGCGGAGUACACCAAUGAGAACCCGUUAGAGACGAAGAAUCUCGCCUUCUUCUCCACUAACGCCGUGGAGGGCACAUGCCGCGGUGUGGUCGUAGCCACCGGUGAUCGAACCGUCAUGGGUCGCAUUGCUAACCUCGCCUCGGGUCUCGAGAUGGGGGCCACUCCAAUUGCGCGCGAGAUCGCCCACUUCAUCCACAUUAUCACUGGUGUGGCCGUUUUCCUCGGCGUUACUUUUUUCAUCAUCGCCUUUAUCCUUGGCUACUACUGGCUCGAUGCGGUCAUUUUCCUCAUCGGUAUCAUCGUGGCCAACGUGCCCGAGGGUCUCCUCGCCACUGUCACCGUCUGUCUCACUCUUACGGCCAAGCGCAUGGCGAGCAAGAACUGCCUGGUGAAGAACCUCGAGGCUGUUGAGACCCUCGGCUCCACUUCCACCAUCUGUUCGGAUAAGACCGGCACGCUCACCCAAAACCGCAUGACUGUCGCCCAUAUGUGGUUCGACAACAAGAUCUUCGAGGCUGACACUUCUGACGACCAGUCCACUGCUAAUUAUAGCCGGGAUUCUUCCACAUGGAUGGCUCUCUCGCGUAUCGCCAUGUUGUGUAACCGUGCGGAGUUCAAACCAGGAGAGGAAAACAAACCUGUGCUCAAACGUGAGUGUAAUGGUGACGCCUCAGAGUCAGCUCUGCUUAAGUGCGUCGAACUGUCGAUUGGUGGAGUGACCAAGUACCGUGCGGACAACCCCAAGGUGGCAGAAAUUCCCUUUAACUCAACCAAUAAGUACCAGGUGAGUGUACAUCAGACCAGCGAUGGGGAUGAGCGCUACCUCGUGGUGAUGAAAGGUGCGCCCGAGCGUAUCCUUGAUCGUUGCUCCACCAUCCUGAUGGAGGGUCAAGAACUGCAUAUGGACGACCAGUGGCGUGAGAGUUUCAACAACGCUUACCUCGAACUUGGUGGUAUUGGGGAGCGUGUUCUUGGCUUCUGCGACCUCCGUCUCCCUGCUGACAAAUUCCCUCGUGGCUUUAAGUUUGACGUAGAUGAGCAAAACUUCCCUAUUGAAGGAAUGCGCUUUGUGGGUCUUAUGUCAAUGAUUGAUCCGCCUCGUGCUGCUGUGCCUGACGCCGUCUCCAAGUGCCGCUCCGCCGGUAUUAAAGUGGUUAUGGUGACGGGCGACCACCCCAUUACCGCUAAGGCCAUUGCCAAGGGUGUGGGCAUCAUCUCCGACGGAAACAAGACUGUGGAAGACAUUGCGGCGGAGCGAGGAGUCCCCGUAAACCAAGUGAAUCCUCGUGAGGCUAGUGCCUGCGUCGUUCAUGGCUCCGAUCUGCGCGAUAUGACACCCGCUCAGAUCGAUGAGAUCCUCGAGAACCACUCCGAGAUUGUCUUCGCUCGUACUUCACCACAGCAAAAACUAAUCAUUGUCGAGGGCUUCCAGCGAAUGGGUGCCAUUGUCGCUGUCACUGGAGAUGGUGUCAACGACUCACCUGCCUUGAAGAAGGCUGACAUCGGUGUCGCCAUGGGUAUCACGGGUAGUGAUGUGAGCAAACAGGCAGCUGAUAUGAUCCUCCUUGACGAUAAUUUUGCCUCCAUCGUCACGGGUGUGGAGGAGGGGCGUAUCAUCUUCGACAACUUGAAGAAAUCCAUCGCCUAUACCCUCACCUCCAACAUUCCUGAGAUCACGCCUUUCCUAAUCUUCAUUCUGGCCGAUGUACCUCUGCCCCUGGGCACCAUCACCAUUCUGUGCAUCGAUUUAGGCACAGAUAUGGUGCCGGCCAUUUCGCUAGCCUACGAGGAGGCCGAAAGCGACAUCAUGAAGCGUAUGCCACGCGACCCCUUCCGUGACAAGUUGGUGAACGAACGUCUCAUCUCUAUGGCCUAUGGCCAGAUUGGCAUGAUUCAGGCCUCGGGCGGUUUCUUCGUUUACUUCGUCAUUAUGGCAGAAAAUGGUUUUUGGCCGAGCCGCCUACUGGGUCUGCGCAAACAGUGGGACUCCCCAGCCAUCAAUGAUGUUGCCGAUUCCUACGGCCAGGAAUGGACGUACACGCAGCGCAAGCGUCUGGAGUACACCUGUCACACGGCCUUUUUUGCCUCCAUCGUCAUUGUCCAGUGGACGGAUUUACUCAUCUGCAAGACCCGGAAGAACUCCAUCUUCCAACAGGGCAUGUGGAACCACCACCUUACCUUUGGUCUCUUCUUCGAGACUACACUGGCCAUCUUCCUCUCUUACUGUCCGGGUCUUGAGCACGGUCUGAGAAUGAUGCCUCUUCGAUGGACAUGGUGGCUGCCGGCUCUGCCCUUCAGUGUGUCAAUUUUCAUUUUCGAUGAGGUGCGAAAGAAGCUCCUUCGAACUCUCCCUCCGGGCAAUUGGGUGGAACGGGAGACGUACUACUAG